AUGGAGCUGAAGAAGGACAGCAACGCCGUGUCCAUCGACAUGCUGUUGAUCGUGCACUCGGAGAAACGGCGCGCAGCGCACGGCACGCACUCGGACCGGCAGGCGGACCCGGGCGCGCUGCCGCAGCGCAGAGGAGGACUCCAGGGUGUCGGAAAUGGAAUCCGGAGAUGGCAGAAAUUCGAAGGAAAUGACGUGCAUGGAAACCUGGCGGAGAAACAACACCCUCAGCAGACCCAGGUCAUCACUUCCUACGACAACCAAGGGACACAGCUGACUGUGGAGGUCCACCCUCGAGAUGCCAUGCCCCAGCUGCUCAAGAAGUUCUCCUUGGCUAAACGUUUGCAAGGUGAUAAAAAUGGAAACACAAGACCCCGGCAGCCUGGAGCAAAAGAUGCCCAUGUUUACCCCUGGGAUCGGUCCAGCCUGAAAUCCAUGCCCCUGGACCUGCAGGAGUUUGAGAAACUGGACACGUAUGCCUCACAGGUGACAGUCAAGAGUGGCCUGGACGAGCUGGUGAGCGACCUACUCCAGGAGGCCCACAGUGACCUGGAGAGGGUCCGCGUGAUCUGGAUCUGGAUCUGCCACCACAUAGAGUACGACAUUGAGGCUGCCCAGGAGAAGGACCGCCAGGCCUUCAAGCCCACCGACAUCCUGCGGACCCAGAAGACCAACUGUGACGGCUACGCUGGACUCUUUGAGAAGAUGUGCAGGAUCGCUGGAGUGCAGUGCAUGACCGUGCCUGGCUACUCCAAGGGCUUUGGCUACCAGACAGGACAGAGCUUCUCCGGGGAGUUUGACCAUGCCUGGAAUGCUGUGUACCUGGAGGGGAGAUGGCACCUGCUGGACAGCACCUGGGGCAGCGGCCUGGUGGACUCUGCCACCUCCAAAUUCACCUUCCUCUACAAUGAAUUCUACUUCCUCACCCAUCCUGCACUGUUCAUCGAGGACCAUUUCCCAGACAACAAGAACUGGCAACUGCUCAAACCUCCUCAAUCUCUGAAGCAGUUUGAGAACAACAUGUACCACAAGAGUGAAUUCUACAACAAAGGGAUGCUGAGUGCCCACCCAGAGACUUCGGUGAUCAAAACAGUGAACGGGAAGGCCACCGUCACCGUUGAGAGCUGCGCCCCCACGCUCUUCAUGUUUAUGCUCAAUGGCAAGCAGGAGCAUGGGCUGCUGAGCCUCAGGAAGAACGGGAUGAAGCUGGACAUAUACCCUCCAACCGUGGGCACCCACAAGCUGCAGAUCUUUGCCAAAGGCAAGUCUGACAUCUACAGCUCGGUGCUGGAGUACACGCUCAAGUGCAACUACGUGGACAUCGGCGUCCGGCUGCCAGCUGAGCUGCACCAGCCCGUGGGCCCCAGCUGGUUCUCAGAGCAGAUGGGCAUCAAGAAGCCCUCCCACCCCGACCCCAUCAUCCACACCAGCGACGGGCGCUGCUCUGUCAGCUUCGGCGUGGAGGAGGGCAUCAGCGUCCUGGCUUCCCUGCACGGGGACGAAGGCCCCAUCACCGAGGAGACACAGCGGCGCUACAUCUUCCAGACGCAGCGGGAGAAGCGGGCAGAGCUCAAAGUCCAGUUGCCCCAGGCCGGCAAGUUUGCCCUCAAGAUCUUUGUCAAGAAGAGGCUGGAGCCGGGCAACUAUGUCUUCGUCUUCAAUUAUCUCCUGUGCUGCACCAACACCAAGGUGAACUGGCCCAUGUUCCCCGAGAGCUUUGGCAACUGGGGGCAGGACAAUGAGCUGCUGGAGCCUCUGUCGGGCGUGCUUCCUGCCAACAGGAACGUCCCGUUCAAACUGAAGCUACAUGGCAUCGCCAAAGCCCUGGUGAAGGGGCAGGACACGUGGCCCCUGACCCUGAAUCGAGAGGGCUACUGGGAGGGCAGCUGCAACACGGCCGGCUGCCAGGAAGUCUAUGUCAUGGUGCUGGAGAACGCCAACCACAACUUCUACUCCUACAUCCUGAAAUACAAAGUGAACACCCAGUGAGGGCCGGCACCCCGGCCACACCCUCCCAGAGGGCCGAGGCCACACUUGCCCAGGGAGGGCCCAACGGGAAGUGCAGAGAGCCCUGGACACCGAGUCUGCAUGAAGUCACUUCUAGGCCUCUGCCCCAGUCUCUCCGCUCUGCCGCGGGAGCUGUGACACUUCUGUUCUGAUGGCUGCGCUCGGUUGUGGCGGUGGCCGAGGGGACUGAGGCAAAGGCCCUUUAGAAGAAAAAGGUGCUAUGUAAAUCCAAGGUAUUGUAAACUGUACACCACUGCC